AUGAAGCAGAGAACAACAUAUAUCGUCUGCAACCCGGAUGAAUUCAACCCUGACAAGCUCCAUGUGUUCGAUGACUCGUUCAGUUUGGUCUCUGUUGACGCUGCAAAGGAGCAUAGGUUGACGUUUAGCUUGUCUGAACUACCUCAAGAGCUGUACCGAGUACUAAGACAGUGUCAUGAGCUUCACAUUCGCUGGGCAUCGGAACAGCCUUACUCUACAAUCCCGCCUUUCGUUUCCCAUAUAUCCCCAGGGCUUCAUGCCUUCUUUACCCCUCAGAAAGACAGGUCUCCAGAGUUGCUCUGCCCCUCCCUCAAAAAGAUCUUCGGUGACAACCUUGAAUGUGAAAGUCCGAAGGAAACAUUCGUCAAUAUGCCGAUCCUCUCCGAACGCUUCUCAUCUUCAUCAACGUCGCAGUAUUAUCAGCUUCUUCCCUCGCUGGACGAUUUAGUCACGUAUAUUCAACAAAGUCUAUGUCCAAAAUCCAACUCCAAAUGCCAGCAACAAGCGUCUACUCUGGGCUCAGCUACUUAUGUAGACUUCGACUACGACACCAUCUCUCACGCUCUCAUUUUAAACGCAUUCUGGGCACGGGAGCCAAGUGAAGGAAGCUGGACGGAAUCAAUCUCUCUCCAAAAGGAAGGAGACACGAUAGAAGUGGGUGUGCUCACCUCCGAAAAGGCCGUGGAUAAAGAGGACCUUGCUUUCAGUGGCUUUUUGACCGUCGUGGGAGAGGACUCAAAACCUAGUACGUCUAAUCACUCAUGUUGGACUGCAUUCCUUCUUACUGACUCUCCUCUCGCAGAGCCAACCCGCUUCCAAUUUCCCUCCCGGCAUCAUCCACUUCCGCAAUCUACCUCAUCAACUCCACUCAUCUAUACGACCUCCUUCAAGCAACCAACUGGCCUCCACCCCUCUCUCGCUCUCACCUUCCCCGCUUCGUCUCUCACACCUCCCGACGAAACCUGCGCUUUACACACAUACCUCACUCUCCCCUCCUUCCUCUUCAUCGACAAAUACCAACUCUCCGACCCCCUCUUCCUCGCCUCGCUUAACCUCGUCUUCCUCCGCUCUAUAAGCGGCGCCACGGACCUCGAAGCCCCAGACUGGGUUAUUUCGCAAUGGGGUUCAGCCGCGCUUCUCGAGCUCGCCAUUCCGCCUCAGCACAACGGGACCCCACAGAGCGGCGACUGGGAGGUCUCCAUCCCCCUCCACCUCCGCUACCUACCUCCGAACCACAACAAGAGCGGCCUCGAGUCGUCCACGGCACCGUGGCCCGUUGUGUUCUGGGCGUGUCGCGCGGAGGAGGGGUCGAAGAUGGCGGUGAAUCCGUUUGACAGGGUGAAUUUGGGGUAUGAUGGGCUUUUUGGGCCCAAGACGAUGUUUUAUCACGUACCGCCUACCGAUGUGGGUGGGUUGGUGGAGCGGAUUGAGGUGCCGGUGUUGGAUUUGGACCGCGCCGGGUACGUGGAGUGGGGGACUGUAGUGGCGGUUGUGCUGGGAGUUGCGUGGGUUUGUUGGAGGUUGGGAGUUGUUGUGUGGAGGGAUUACAAAGAGGGCGCGACGGGCGUGGAGAAGGAGGCAAAGAAGAAGCAGUGA